UCAUAAUAGUGGUUCUUGUCGCUCAGAGCAACCAAACUUUGCGAACUCUACAUCAAGUUAUUUAAUGGGCUCUUGUUCAGGAGACAUCGAACCGGCCCAUCAUUUUAUUAUCUGGACGAAGCGCCCCUGUGAUUAUCACACAAUCAAAAUUAUAUACCCAAAAUCAGAGGAUCUCUUCUUGCGCAUAUUGUCACUCGCGUCCGUUGUACUCAUAAUUUCAAAACAUACAUGCUAUCGAUUCAUAUCACAUCAUAGCAACAAAACGGAAACAGACACCAUAUUCACAAUGAAUAACUUCUCAGUAAUCUUGUUCGCUAUCAUCUUGAUAGCAGUAUCUUCCGAGACUCUCAGGGGAUCUGAAGUGAAUAUCGAAUCGGAUUCUCAAGACAAACUACCAAGAAGUCGUCAUCGGCGGCAAUUGAAACCAGGAAUAACAUGUCUGUUGUACCUAGAGGAAAUCGAGUUCCAAACUGAACGCGAAUCUGUGGAAGAAUGGGUUUGCAUGUUGCCAGAAGAAGAAGCCUCAGCACUCGGUAUGCAAUUUGUCGAAAUUGAUAAAUCUACUUCUAUCAUCAAAGGUGCGAAGUCCGGUCAAUCGACCAUUACUCUGAAUAGCGCUGUCAUUGACACUGAAGAGGCAAAAAUGUACAUUCCCAUGGAUGGACAUGUAGAAGUUCGCAACCUUUCCCACGAUGAUCCAAGAGCACGAAGGAACCUGGCAGCCAAGACUGGAACACUCACAGCUCUUGUGAUUCGCGUCGCUGACUCAAAAGGCGUCGCACCGGGUGCGAGCGUUGCUCAAUUGGAAAAUGAUGUCUUUGAUGAUCUCAGCUGCCUCAAAUCACAAAUGGAGGCCUGCUCCUAUGGAAAGCUCAAGAUCGAACCCUUUGUGGGGAUUACAGAAACUGACGUGGAGGUCAAACACGGGGUUGUUGACGUCCAGAUGCCCGAUUAUGAUGUAGUUGCCAAUGGCAAACGGGGUGGUCUGCAACAAGCUGCAAUGGCUGCUGCCACAGAGCAACUCGGAAACUUGCAGAGCGACAGAUAUGAUAUCAUUCUAUUGGUUUUGCCACCAGGAUCCGGCGAUUGGACUGCAUAUGCAUACAGCAAUGGAAAGUGGUCUUUUUACAAUGACAUGUCCGCAAGUUCCGUGUCUGUACAAAUGCACGAGGUCGGUCACAAUCUUGGGCUUGCUCACUCGGGAGAAGACAACUUGGAAUACCAAGACAAAACAGGCAUGAUGGGAAUCUCUUUCUCCAGCGACGACCUCAUGAUGUGUUUCAAUCCUGCCAAAAAUUACCAACUUGGAUGGUACUCAGACAAGGUUGAAACUAUCAAUCCUUUAAGUACUAGUGGAAGUGCUGUUCGUCGAUUCACUCUGAAUGGAGUCGCUGACUAUAAAAACAAUGACGACGGACUGAUUGUUUUGAGAUUGGAACAACUAGGACUUGAACAAGACUAUUACAUUGGCUACAAUCGUCAGGUUGGCAUCAACGAAGACACCGCCGAAGACAAAAACAUGGUCACGAUCGUUCGCAAGGAAUUUGGAACACCAAUGGAGUACGGUAAAUCGAUGAAAGUUGCAAAAUUAUUUUCGGGGCAAUCUUUUACAAUUGAAAACUUUAACAACGAAAGAAGUGUUGAAAUCAAAUUUGUUGGCCUUGCAAACACUGACGGAGAUCCUUCUGACCCUAUUCGAGAUGCAAUCAUCGAAGUUAUCGACGUUGAUAAUCGUCCAGUGGACGAGGACGACAUCUUUGGCCCAAAAGUCGCAUGUGCAAAUUACACCUUUGAAAUGACUACCGAUAAUUACCCUGGAGACAACAACUUUUUCAUUGUUGCAGAUAGUGCGGUUGGCGAAAUCUUUGCCGAAGGCGUGCCUAUGACGGAAAGUUUUACCACAUACAGCACAGAAGUAUGUCUUCCAUACGAUAAAAAAUACAAGUUCGUUCUCUACGAUCAAUAUGAGGAUGGGAUUUGCUGUGGACAAGGCAAGGGCUCUUACCGUGGACUCGAUCCGAAAGGGAAUAUUAUUUUUUCAAGUAGCGGAGUACCUGAAGGUUUUGACGUCAAAAUUGAAUACUUCGAAGUCGGCGUCAACCCAUUUGUUGUCCCAACAGCACAGCAGACCCAGAUACCAACGUUUUCUCCUACUGUUGCUCCGAAUCCAAGCCCAACCGAUGUUCCAACCAAAGUUCCAACCGGAUCUCCUACAAAAGCUGCCACCAGUUCUCCAACUGUAUCCCCAACAAAAUCUGUCACCGGAUCUCCCACUGGAUCUCCAACAAAAUAUCCUACCGAACCACCUACUGGAUCUCCAACAAAAUAU